AUGCCACCAAUAAAAACCUAUCUUGCCACCUUCGAACGACAGCAUCAAGUCGAUCCUGAACGUGCAUUACAUUCAGUUGAUCUCUACGCUGUCUGGUGUGCCAAAUCUUACGUGCUCAAUAGAAGUGCAGAGUUAAAUCCUUUUGGAACAAAGUAUUUUCUUUAUGUCGAUGCUGGAGCUUUUCGUUCGGCUAACUAUCGUUUUCGAGCAUGGCCUCAUCCGGCUGCCAUCUCCACUGUGUUUAAGAAUGACCGAUUUUUUCUCGGUAUGAUUACACCACUUCCUCGUCGAUUCUGUGCUUUCAACUAUACGAUGAUCAAUGGUCCGAUUAAGAUGGAUCUUAUUGAAGGUACUUUUAUGGGUGGUUCGGCUAGCGCCAUCAGAUGGUGGACAUCAGUCUACUAUGCAACUAUUGAUGAUUAUCGUGCAAAGGACUUCUUCAUUGGUAAAGAUCAGUAUAUGAUGAAUUCUAUUGCAUUGACCCACGCUGCUCGUUUCAGCAUGUUACUUCCCUUUCGUGCCUCAUGUGGUGAUGUUUGGUUUACUUUUGGACCGCUUCUUGCAGAGAAAGGCGAAAGAGAGCGACUUUCAUAUUCCCCUUCUUGUCAACAGCAAAAUAUAUCUGAUUUUGUUAUUCCGUUUGAUACUGUUUGCAAAGAUAACAACCAUAUCGUAUGA